CGCCGCCCUGCCUCCCCCUACCCGGAAGUGGCGAGCGGCGGCUUGGUGGGGCCUGUGGCAGGCGGCGGUGCUGGUCGCCAGCGCUUCACUCACCGGCUGAGAAUCAUCAUGAAAAUGUUUACUUUGAUACCAGGAAUCCAACUGCACUAGAAUCUAAUCCUCCAGUUGCUCCUGUCCUUAGUUGAAUACUGGGACUCCUUAGAUUAUCUUCCAAAUCACUCCUAUAGAGUGACGGAUGCCUGCUUGAGCUUCCAUCAAGAUAUAUGACGACUGCAUAAUUUAGAAACCUACAAUGGGCACUGCAUAUUAAGCAGGGGUGGAAGACUGAAGCCCAUUUGGGGACAGAAUGAGUUUAAAAGAUGCUGACGGUGCAGUUUGCCAGGCACAGACAGCCUAUAAUCUUCAUAUUUACCCCCAACUCUCAACAGAAAGCGCUCCCUGCUGCAAAGUGACAGCAACCAAGGACAGCACAUCUUCAGAUGUCAUCAAGGAUGUGAUUAGUAUCUUAAACUUGGAUGUCUCAAAACAUUAUGUGCUCGUGGAAGUGAAAGAAUCAGGUGGUGAAGAAUGGGUACUUGAUAUAAAUGAUUCCCCUGUUCAUAGGGUUUUACUUUGGCCUCGUCGUGCUCAAGAUGAGCAUCCGCAGAAGGAUGGGUACUACUUUCUUUUGCAAGAAAGGAACACUGAUGGGACCAUCAAAUAUGUCCAGAUGCAAUUACUUUCCAAGGAGACAGAUGCUCGGCGAUUGGUUGAAAGGGGUUUUCUUCCAUGGCAGCAGGAGGAUGUUGAUGACUUGUGCAAUCUCCCCAACUUAACGGAGACAACACUCCUAGAGAAUCUCAAAUGCCGCUUUCUAAAACACAAAAUUUAUACUUACGCAGGAAGUAUUCUGAUUGCGAUUAACCCCUUUAAGUUCCUGCCCAUUUAUAAUCCUAAAUAUGUCAAGAUGUAUGAGAAUCAUCAGCUUGGGAAGUUGGAGCCUCAUAUUUUUGCCAUUGCUGAUGUGGCUUAUCACACAAUGCUUAAAAAACAUGUUAAUCAGUGCAUAGUUAUAUCAGGUGAAAGUGGGUCUGGGAAAACUCAAAGCACAAACUUCUUAAUUCACUGCCUCACCGCACUGAGCCAGAAAGGGUACGCAAGUGGUGUGGAGAGAACGAUUCUAGGAGCUGGACCAGUUCUGGAGGCGUUUGGAAAUGCAAAAACAGCACAUAACAAUAACUCCAGUCGUUUUGGAAAGUUUAUUCAAGUCAACUAUUUGGAGAAUGGUAUUGUCCGAGGGGCUGUUGUUGAAAAAUACCUGCUCGAAAAAUCUCGUCUGGUUUCUCAAGAAAAAGAUGAAAGGAACUACCAUGUCUUUUAUUAUUUGCUACUUGGAGUCAACGAGGAAGAGCGUAAAGAAUUUCACCUCAAGCAACCUGAAGAUUAUUUCUACCUCAAUCAGCAUAACUUGAAAAUUGAAGAUGGGGAAGAUCUCCGACAUGACUUUGAAAGAUUAAAACAAGCCAUGGAGAUGGUUGGCUUCCUUUCAUCAACAAAAAAACAGAUUUUUUCAAUACUUUCAGCUAUUCUUUAUUUGGGCAACGUUACGUACAAGAAGAAAGCUACAGGUCGUGAUGAAGGGUUGGAAGUAGGACCUCCCGAAGUGUUGGACAUUCUUUCUCAGCUUUUGAAAGUUAAACGAGAAAUUCUAGUAGAAGUGCUAACAAAAAGAAAAACUGUGACUGCUAAUGAUAAGCUUAUUUUGCCAUAUAGCCUCAAUGAGGCAAUAACAGCUCGUGAUUCAAUGGCAAAGUCCUUAUACAGUGCUCUGUUUGAUUGGAUUGUUUUGCGAAUUAAUCAUGCGCUCCUUAAUAAGAAGGACAUGGAGGAAUCUGUUACAUGUUUGUCCAUUGGUGUGCUUGAUAUUUUUGGAUUUGAAGACUUUGAAACCAACAGUUUUGAACAGUUCUGUAUAAAUUAUGCAAACGAGCAGCUUCAGUAUUAUUUCAAUCAGCAUAUUUUCAAAUUGGAACAGGAGGAAUAUAAGAGUGAAGGGAUCACUUGGCACAAUAUUGACUAUACUGAUAAUGUGGCCUGCAUUCACUUAAUCAGCAAGAAGCCCACUGGCCUCUUCUAUCUUCUGGAUGAAGAAAGCAAUUUUCCACAUGCCACCAACCAAACUCUACUUGCAAAAUUCAAACAGCAGCAUGAGGAGAACAAGUUUUUUGUUGGAACCCCAGUGAUGGAGCCUGCUUUUAUUAUUCGACACUUUGCUGGGAAAGUUAAAUACCAGAUAAAAGAUUUCAGAGAGAAAAAUAUGGAUUACAUGAGGCCAGAUAUUGUUGCUUUACUACGAAGCAGUGACAGCGCUUACGUUCGGGAGCUGAUAGGAAUGGACCCUGUAGCUGUGUUCCGUUGGGCAGUUCUGCGGGCAGCUAUUCGAGCAAUGGCUGUCUUUGCAGAAGCAGGACGCCAGAGAGCUCAGAAGACUGCAGGAGUGGUACGUCAAGGACCCAGAGUUCCCCUUGGAGAACUUCAGAGAUCAAAUACACCAGUAGAAAAAGUUUAUCGCUGCUCAAUGCUUGAUUUCUCAUUUGAUUGUUCUGAGGAUUUCGAUAUAAAUGCUUUUGAAGACAUCAUUACUUUUUAUGAAAACAAGAAAGACAUGCAUGAACAAAUCAUCGCAAGUAUAAAAGGACUUCCAUGGCAGGGUGAUGAUCCCUGUAAGCUGCUUCGGUCACUCAGUCGACUUCAACACCGCUCCCACUUCAUGAAAAGUAGAGGUAUGAAACAAAAGCAGAUCAUUCCCAAGAACUUGCUGGAUUCCAAAUCUCUGAAGCUUAUAGUAAGCAUGACUCUUCACGAUCGAACUACAAAAUCCCUCUUGCACUUACACAAAAAGAAGAAACCUCCUAGCAUUAGCGCACAGUUCCAGACUUCACUUAAUAAGUUGCUGGAGACACUGGGUAAAGCUGAGCCAUUCUUCAUCCGUUGCAUCCGGUCCAAUGCUGAGAAGAAAGAGAUGCUUUUUGAUGAAAGCUUGGUGCUUCAACAGUUAAGAUACACUGGCAUGCUAGAAACUGUGCGAAUCAGAAGAUCUGGCUACAGUGCCAAAUAUACAUUCCAGGAAUUCAUAGACCAGUUUCAGGUGUUACUGCCCAAAAAUGCCAAGGCCACGAAGGAAGACAUUUGUGUUUAUUUGAAUAAACUAAAACUGAAUGAAAACUACUAUCAAAUAGGGAUGACCAAGGUUUUCAUGAAAGAGGCUGAACGGCAGAUCCUACAGGAUACACUACACAAAGAAGUUAUCAGGAAAAUCAUUCUGCUUCAGAGCUGGCUCAGGAUGGUUUUAGAAAGGAGACGCUUUCUCAGAACGCGACAGGCAGCCAUUGUUUUACAGGCUUGCUGGCGUUCCCGUUGUGUUAGGAUGGUGCUGCAGAGAAAUAAUGCUGCCACUUAUAUUCAGUCAGCAUGGCGAAGAUACAGGGAGCGAAAAUGCUACCUUCAGCAGAAGAGAAGAAUUUGUCUCGUGCAAGCUGUGGUCAGAGGACAUCUGCAGCGUAAGAGAUUUCAGAAAAUGGCUACAGAAAAGCAGAAAGCUGAAGAAAAGCAGAGAGAAAUGCAGGAAGAUCAAGACAGAGAGAAUGAGAUGAGCAAGGAUGAGCGCAGUGAACCAGCAAUGGAUGAGUUGCCUGUGAAACACAAGUCAGAGCUGGAUCAAGCUGUUGAGGACAGAGAUCAAACUCCAAAUGAGCAAGCCAAAAACCUGAGCUCACCUGAAAAAGCUACGUUGCCCCAAAAGAAUGUGACAGAGGCCUCUGAGAAAGGAACAAACAGCCGGGAGAAACGUGAAUCUCGCCGGCAGAGGGGGCUGGAACAUAAUGAGUUACAGACUAAGCAUGUCCUGUUUUCCUUCCAAGGCCCAUCUUUACUGUGCCACGAGGAACAAACCUGUUCUGAAGAGGCCCUGGAAACUGUUCCAGUGCCAAAGAAAUCCACAGCACAAGAUGCUGUCCUUCAAGGAAGCAACGAGGGAGAGAAAAGUCCAAGUGAAGGAAAAGCUCUUUCAGACAUGCCACUGUCAAAUGAGAUAAAAGAAAUUAGCUCUAUUCCUGAGCAGCCACCUGUAUCAGGAGGAGAUGAUAAAGCAGUUGAUAGAAUGAAAACACAAGGGAAUCAAAACAACCAGAUAAAAGGCAGCCAAAGCUUUAACUGCCCUGAAAGGCCAACAAAUCUUGCACUGAAUCUUCAUAAUACGCUAUCUGCUACUGAGAGCUUUCGAACUCCAGCUGAAUGCUGUGCAGAUAAAAACAAACAUCUUGUUCAGAAGGGAGCCAAAGAUCUGGAUAGUCCCACUUCUUCUCCAAUCCAGAGAUAUGUGGAUGACCCAGGGAAACUAAAGUACAAGAGAGAGAAGUGGAAAGGAAAGAGACAGUCUGAUGCCAGUCAGAAUGAUAUGCUGAGUCAGUCUUUGGAUGGAAGAACCUGUGUGGAUAAGUCUCCUCAGGAUCAACUGGAGAAGAAGGGGAAUUCAUCUUCAUUAAGUGAUCUCUCCAUACUCGCUCAGUCUGUUGCCAUGAAUCAGCAAUCACCAGAUACGAUAGAAGAAGAAAAAGCCAACAAGAAACAUCCUGUGCAGAAGAAGCCCAGUGACCUCUUAGCUACCUUGGAUGCAGUCGUUUCCAUGCAGUCAGCAAGUCAACAAAUAGAUGCCAAGUCUGCUUUUAAAAGCCCGUUGCGUAGACUUUUGGGGAAGAAGCCAGACAAGAAAAUUCCAAAGGAGAGUCCUGAUGUGAUUGAUGAAGAAGGCCUCUCCCUUGUAUCUUGUGUCCUCUUUCCAGAAACAGGAGGAACCCAGAAAGUUUCUGAAGCUUCUUCUGGACAGCCAAGUCGCCUCCAGACAGGGGAGCGCCAUGUGAAAGAGAGUAGUAAAACAAAGAAGAACCGUACUAUAAAGAUCAGCAAGAUCUCAAGUGUGUCUCAGAAUUGGCGCGCUUCCAUGGUCCGUGAGAUUGCAAAUGCCAAUGAACUGAAACAUCUUGAUGAGUUCCUCCUAAACAAGAUCAAUGACUUACGCUCCCAGAAGUCUGGUGUUGAAUGCUUGUUUUUUGAAGCCACAGAGAAGUUUAGAGGAAACAUCAAGACCAUGUACUCUGCUCCUAAUGGGCAAAUCCAUGUUGGCUACAAAGAUCUUGUGGAAAAUUACCAGCUUCUAGUUACGAAUCUGGCCAAAAAAAGGGAAGAGAAAGAAGUGAAGCUGGUUUUGAAUCUCUUCCAAUCCCUUCUGGAUGAAUUCAUCAGAGGAUAUACAAAAAAAGAAGAGUCUGAGCAGCCCAAGCAAACCAAAGCCCAGAAGAAGAAACGAAAACAAGAUCGUGCAAUUGAAGAGCACAAUGGCCAUGUAUUCACAAACUACCAAGUGAGCAUACGGCAGUCAUGCGAGCACUGCUCAUCCUACAUCUGGCCCAUGGAAAAGGCCUGUCUCUGCAGUGUUUGCAAGUUGACUUGUCACAAGAAAUGCAUGUCCAAAAUCCAGAGCAGCUGUACAUCCUGUGGAAAAAAGAAUGAACAGGAUGCAGAACCACGUCAUUUUGGAGUGUGUGUGAGUUCCCUGACCAGUGAGAGAAAUUCAGUCCCCAUUGUCAUGGAGAAGUUGCUAGAGUACGUGGAGAUGCACGGCCUCUACACAGAAGGCAUUUACAGGAAAUCAGGAUCAGCAAAUCGUAUGAAGGAGCUGAAACAGUUGCUGCAAGCAGAUCCAAACUCAGUGAAACUGGAGAAUUACCCUAUUCACACUAUUACGGGGAUCCUUAAGCAAUGGCUGCGGGAAUUACCAGAUCCACUAAUGACAUCUGCGCAGUACAAUGAUUUUCUCCGAGCUGUAGAACUACCAGAAAAACAGGAGCAACUCUGUGCCAUUUACAGUGUCCUUGAACAGCUUCCACAAGCAAAUCAUAAUACCUUGGAGCGACUCAUCUUCCAUCUGGUCAAAGUGGCUUUGAUAGAAGAUGUCAACCGUAUGUCACCCAAUGCCUUGGCCAUUGUCUUUGCUCCAUGCCUCUUGCGUUGUCCUGACACCUCUGACCCUUUAACCAGCAUGAAGGAUGUUUCAAAAACAACCAUGUGUGUAGAGAUGCUCAUAAAGGAACAGAUAAGGAAGUACAAGAUAAAAAUGGAUGAAAUAAAUCAGCUGGAAGCAGCUGAGAGCAUCGCUUUUCGACGACUCUCAUUGCUUCGGCAGAAUACGCUCUGGCCUGUAAAACUUGGGUUUUCUUCCCCUUUUGAGGGGAUGCUGAGUAAAAGCUCACAGGUCAAAGGAAGUGACAGUGGGAACUCAGAACUGGACUCGCUGCGUGAAGAAGAGGAAGUUUCUGAAGCCGAUAACCGGGAAAAGGAGAUUCUCAUUGAUCGCAUACAGUCAAUAAAAGAAGAGAAGGAAGAUAUAACUUAUCGGUUACCUGAGCUUGAUCAGCGAGGCUCUGAUGAGGAAAACAUAGACUCUGAAACCUCAGCAAGCACAGAGAGCCUGCUUGAAGAUAGAACUGGACGGAUGGAUACCGAAGCAAUUAUUGGAUUACACUGCCGUGCUCAGAGCUGCAGUAUGCCUGCCAAAGACAUUUGCAAAGUGCCUUCUUUUUUGCAAGCCUCUUCAAAUUAUUCUUCUGCAUCCCUGGCUUCAAGACACAGAUCGUCUUUAACACUGCCCAAGAUUAAAGUGCCCCGUCGAACUCCAGUGAUGCCAACAGCAAAUAUAAAACUUCCUCCUGGGAUUUUCAAACAUACAGAAUCCCAGGGCAGUAUUUCAGCUAACGAAGAGUCUCAAAUAAUGGUGAUACGAAGGGAGCAGCCAGCAAAGCGAACUGAUAAAAUCCACUCAGUGUACAUUGCACAAGGGUCUGCAAUGGCCCACGCUCAGGAACUUUUGGAUGAAUACAAACCCACAGCAAAAGUAAAACGGAGGUUUUCGGACCCUUACUCUCACAUUCCCUGUGUAGAGAAGUGAAAUACUUGAGCUGUCUGGACUCUUGUUGAAGUUGACUGCAGCAUUGGUUUUAACCCUUUGAAGGCUGUGAACUUACUUGUGUUCUCUUAAGAGGCUGCUGGGAAGGCAGCCUGGAAAUGUGCAGUACUGCAAGGGUUAAGCAAGGUUGUUUAAAACAAAUAUUCUUCACUUGAAAUUAAAACUCUGCACAGAAAGUAGAAUAUAAAACUUAUGUUGAGUAAAAUACACAUUCGAGUGUACAGGAAAAAAUCAUCCCCUGAUUCUGCUGCCGUGCCUUCCUCCAUUUGCUCUAAUGGGACCAACAGUGAGUUUGUGUCAGUGUGUUGCCUUAGGGGGUUUUUUUAUGUUUUUAUGACAACUUUCUGUGUGGUUUACAGAACUGUUAAUGUUGUAAUAGCCUUAACCGAGACCAAAAUAUAGAAAAAUGUUUAUUAAUACAUUGCACUUUUUAAAAA